AGAGGUCGGUGGCCUUUAAAUUUGUUGUUUUUGCGCGUAAGUUUUUGGAACAAUUUCCUGGACAGGAGACUUCCGAGAAUUGUUUUUGCUACGUCAAUUGAUUGAGUGGGAUGUGUCAGUGAUUGUGGGUUGAUGAUGAAUUGCGAGAAUGUGUUUUUGCGCAUGAAUUUCGAGUGAUGACAUCUCCGGGUAAUGUCAGGGUAUCGAUCGAUAGACUCCUUGCCACACAGAAUUGAUUGAUUUUGCUGGAGUAAAAAAAGGUGUUAGGAAGGUUGGUAUAGUGCAUAAGAGUGACUACUGGAAGAUUUUGAGAGAUGCCACUGGUGAGUAUCCUGAGGAAGGCUUCCAGCUAUGUUUUGGGUGGAGAUGAGGAGGAACAAAUUGAUGAGGGUGGUGCCUCAGCUGAAGACAAUGAAAUUAUGUUCUGCAAAAACAAUGUAUGUGUCCAUCCACCUGCUGUUGUGAGGAGUGAAUAUGAUGUACUGCAUCAUCCGGGAUAUUUAACAGUGGCCAGCAAGACAUUCAUUGAUCAGCACACAAAUGCAAAGAGGCAUACCUUACUCCUGACCUGGAUUCCCAAUUCCACUCUUCGAAAGUGUCCAGCUACAAUUGAGAAGGUCAGCCUGAGGGGUGAGAUUGAUGAGCAGGAACUGUGCAGGGAAUUGAGUCAAAUGAGUGAAUCCACGGUGACAUUCAACAGCAAGAAUCCCUUUGCCAGUGACCUGAUGAGUGUUAGCAAUGGCUACACCUCAGAUUACUCCGAAACGGUGAGUGUCAGCUCCAGCAGUGAUAAGAUGGAGAGGGAUUCUGUGCUGGAUUCAGAAAUGGACAAACCCGAAGGUGAACAGGAAACUGAGGAGUCAAAGAAAGCUGAAGGGGAGAUAAAAGAGUUGAUCAAUGAACUCCAACCACUUUUGGACAGUGCAGACCCCAAUUUGGCCAGUAUUCAGCUCAAGCCACCACCACCGCAGAUGACUUCGGUGAACAUCACAAUAGCUAAUCCGAGAAUUGAGAAUGUGGACAUCUCUCCGACUGAUGGAUUGAUAGAGAAUCCGCAGCUAGCAGCGAGAUUUGCCAGAUCAAUGAGUGAAGAAAGCAACAAUCCCCAUUGGAUGACACCAGAAAUGCUGGCUUUUAGGCACAAUCUUGCCUUUCCCGAGACUUCAGCCACAAACAGCCCGGUUAUUCAGCGUCGGACACCAAUAGUGCUCAAGUGUCGACGAUUCUCCGUCGAUCUCAGCCAGAUGCGCUCCCUUAGGCUCUUCUUCAGCGACACAGAGUGCACUUCGGGACAACUAGUGAUCGCUUCGAGGGAAUCUCAGUACAAGAUCCUCCAUUUUCAUCACGGUGGCCUGGAUCAUCUGGCACAAGUUCUCCAUCAGUGGCACAGUGUUCUGCACAACAUCCGCCUGGCCCAGGAGGAUCUCACCUGUCCCUAUCGGCAGUUCAUGGUAUGUCGUCCUGAAGUCCGUAAAUCCGAACUCCAUCCAGAGGAAGAGAAUGUCAGCAAAAUCACCACGGACUACUUCUACGGGACACUGCUGAACAAAAAGGGUCAGAUUGAGGAUGAUCUUCUGCUGAGAAAAUGUGUCUUUUUCGGUGGACUUGAGAAGAAGCUACGAAAGACAGUUUGGCCAUUCCUUCUGCAGUGCUAUUCCUUCUAUUCAACCUUCGAGGAUCGCGCAACUUUAGCUGAGAUCCGGAGGCAAGAAUAUGAGGAACUCACCAAACGACGUCUCUACUCAAUGUCUCCUGAGGAACAUGCUCAUUUCUGGAGGACUGUGCAGUGUGUGAUUGAGAAGGAUGUUGUACGCACAGACAGGGGCAAUCCCUUCUUCGCUGGCAACGAUAAUCCCAACAUUGAGAUAAUGAAGAACAUCCUGCUCAACUAUGCUUUCUACAAUCCCAAUCUUUCAUACACCCAGGGCAUGAGUGAUCUCCUGGCGCCAGUUCUCUGUGAAAUCAAAAAUGAAUCUGAGACUUUUUGGUGUUUCGUUGGACUAAUGCAACGAGCUGUCUUCGUCUGCCAGCCUUUGGACAAUGACAUCGACAGGAAUCUGAGCUACCUGAGGGAACUCAUCAGGAUCAUGAUUCCUCAGUUUCAUAGUCAUCUGCAGAAGUUUGCAGAUGCGACUGAGCUUCUAUUCUGCCAUCGAUGGAUACUCCUCUGUUUCAAGCGAGAAUUCACCGAAGCUGUGGCCAUUCGGAUGUGGGAGGCAUGUUGGUCAAAUUAUCUUACGGAUUACUUUCACUUAUUCCUCUGUCUUGCGAUUAUUGCUGUGUAUGCAGAUGAUGUGAUUGCCCAGAAUCUCCGGACGGAUGAGAUGCUUCUCUAUUUCAGCAGUUUGGCAAUGUACAUGGAUGGGCAGUUGAUUCUGCGAAAAGCUCGUGGAUUGCUGCAUCAAUUCAGGCAAUUGCCAAAGAUUCCAUGUACUCUGUCAACGCUGUGCAAACGCUGUGGUCCUGGAAUGUGGGAUUCUGGACAUCAUCCGGCUAUUGAAUGCAUUGGACACUUGGACAAUGAACACUGUGCUUUCGCUUUUGAUUAGAUACAGACACCAAACGCUUCUUCAGGUAUAUAUACUAUAUAAAAAAAAAAAGAGUUCACAAAGUGAUGGAAACACGCAUUAAUGUCUACUCUCUGUUGCUAUUUUAAAUUAAUAAAACUAUAUUUCAAUUGUC